AUGCGGUCGCUGGGAGAGGCACAAAAAUGCUGGGCGCAGUUAGAUGAUUUCACAACCCUCGACCAUGUCCGAACCUAUAUCAAAGAACAUGGCACCGCAGGUCCAAGCCUGUCUGGCCUCCGUUCUGUAUGCUGGAAGGCAUUUCUCCUGUUUAACUCCCUAGACCGCGACACAUGGUCAUCAACGCUGCAGAGCUCCCGAACAGCAUACCAAUCCCUCCGCGAACACCUCCUUAAGUAUAUCGAGAAUCCCAAUGAGGUGGAAACGGCCGUCGACCCGCUCAGCGAGAGCGAAGAGUCUCCCUGGGUGGCGCUGCGCAAGGACGAGGAGCUCCGCAACGAGAUAUACCAAGAUGUUGAGCGAUGUAUGCCUGAGAAUCUAUAUUUCCGUCAACCAUCGACGUCGACGAUGUUGCUGGACAUCCUAUUCAUAUUCUGCAAGCUGAGUCCGGAUAUCGGGUAUAAGCAAGGCAUGCACGAGAUAUUGGCCCCGAUCCUAUGGGUGGUCGAGCGUGAUGCGGUCGACUGUGGAGAAGAGCAUGGGAAUGAGGAUCUAGCGAUCUUAAUGUUUGACGCAAAAUUCGUCGAGCAUGAUUGCUUUACCUUGUUCGGACUCAUAAUGCAAGGCGCAAGGUCAUUUUAUGAGGUACCAGGCGCCGAUGCAAAGCCAACAGCCGGCUUGAGAUCACCGAAAGUGUCGAGAUCUCUCGACUCUCCCUUGAUCGUGCGUAUCAAACGAGUUUACGAAGACUACCUCCCCCUCGUCGAUCCUCGUCUCGCCGAACACCUUUCCACCGGCGACGUCGUCCCGCAAUUAUUCAUGAUGAAAUGGCUGCGCCUGCUCUUCGGCCGCGAAUUCCCCUUCGACUCC